AUGAUGGACAACUGGGGCCACGGGACGCGGCACGAAGACAAACUGGUUCUAUCUGCUUUCGCCUUGUCUACUUUCGCUGAGAAAAAACACUGUUGCUUCCUUGCGGGCACACGCGACUUGCAACUCGCACAGGUGGCAAACAAAAACUUCGAAGAUGUUCUUGUCGUUCGAAUUUUCAAGGAAGAUGGAAAACUGCCCAAGACCGAGUUCUUUGACGAGGCCAAGAUUGCUCCGGUAGAUGAGUGCAUCAAAAAAGAUCUUGAGGAGAUAGAAGACAAAGAGUUUUCAUGGAGAGUGAAGGAGCUGGUCGAGGUUUUUCAGUGCGGGCUGGAUCCUGUUGAUGCUGAUAGUUCAGCAAGGCUAUUGAGUCAAGCUCAAGCUCGGGAAAUUGCUGGCUUGUAUCGACAUUAUAUGAUGGCAGAGAAGAAUACAGUCGAAGGUUAG